AGGCAUCAUCAUGGGUCUCUCCGCAUACUGUGUAGUGACGUCCUUAACUGUCUUUGUAUUAAGAGUUGAAGGCGCGAGAUGGAUGAACGUUGAUGAGGCAGUUAGCAGAUCCAUCAGACACCUGGAGUUGAUGAAUGAGAAACGAUCCAUACUGGAUACAACUCCAGGGGAAGUUAUCAACAUAGAACAGGAAACUGACCUCAUAGAAAGUGACGCGGUCAACACCAUAGAAGGGUCAAAGGUCAUGCGAUAUUUUGAAACAUUCCACGGGAUUCCAGUUUACGAUUCCAUUGCUUCCAUAGAGGUCGACAGUGAACACGGUACGUACACCGGACAAGCAUCCGGGCAACUGCUUCAAGACAUUCACAAUGACGUCACAUCCGUAAUACCAACUCUGAAGAAAGCUGAGGCUCUGGUACUUGCAAAAAUGUACUUUGGUGGCGACAGCAACGAGUACAGUAACGAAAAAGUGGAACUAGUGAUAUAUCCUGUAGGACAUGUGGCAGCAUUAGCUUACAAAAUAUCAUUUAUCGCAUUCAGGAAUGACAAUAUAGCUAGACGUCGUUUCUUUCUCAAUGCAAAUACUGGAAAACUCUUGAAAGAAGUGAAUUUACUUCCGUCAUUUCAGGCAAAAACUACAGGAGGUAAUACCAAGAUUGGUAAAUUAGAAUACGGUAAAUCUAUGCCCUUUCUGAAAGUAAGAAAAACAGGAACAAAUUGUACGUUAGCCAACGAUAAAGUGAAAGUCUAUGAUCUUCACCAUGGUAAAAGAUUGAAUAAGGGGGACCGUCCAUUUUCCUUUGACUGUAAUGAAGGAAUUUCAGACGAGGGCAAUGGGGCAUUUUCUCCACUCAGCGAUGCUUAUUUCUACGCGAACAGAGUUUUCAAAAUGUACGAGGAACUAGUGCAUGCGCCUGCAAUUAAAGAACAGCCAAUUCAAAUAUGGGUUCACUACGGUGAAAAUGCUAUCGUAGCCCAGUUUUCUGGUCCAAUGCUCCUGUUUGGGGAUGGCCGGAAGGAUAUUUUCUACCCGAUGGUUUCUGCAGACGUCCUAGGUCACGAAAUGACACAUGGAUUCGUAGAAGAACAUUCAGAUCUUGAGUACAGUGGUCAGUCUGGAGCAGUAGAUGAGUCGUUUGCGGACGUUGCCGGAGAGGCGGCCGAAGAAUUUAUCUUUGGAAGUCACGACUUCAAAUCUGGUGAAGACAUCUCCAUGGGUUACACAGUUCGGGAUAUGUGUAAUCCAGAAACAGACAGUAGGUCCAUUGACCAUGUUAAUGACUUCAAUGACGAUUUAGAUGUCCACUACACUAGUGGUAUUUUCAACAAAGCGGCGUGCUUGCUGGUAACAUCGGACGAAUUCGAUAUAUUUAAAGUGUUUCAGAUCUUUGCGCAUGCCAAUCGUUUUUAUUGGCAUCCAACAUCGAAUUUCAGCGGGGCCGCUUGUGGUAUUGCAAAAGCCGCUUAUGACCUAGGACAUAAUACCGACGAGAUAGCAGCUGCGUUUGAAAACGUUGGUGUUGAAAUCUGCUCAAUGGAGAAAUAUACAAGAACAAUUCACACAGAUAUCACUAUAAAAAGUCUCCAGGCAAAGGGUGACGAAAAAAUAGUAUUUAAAUUCAAUAUCAGGUCCGGAAAAAGCUUCUUGAUCUAUACUAUGAAUGGGGAUGGAGAUAUCGAUGUAACUAUAGAUUCGAAACGCAAAUUAAGAGGUGCAGCCCCGCUGUAUUCAUCGGAUUCAAAGGGAAACCUAGAAAUGAUCAACGUUGAUUUAAAACUGAUUCGAAAAGGCUACAUCACUUUAAAACCAAAGAAGAAAGGAAUGUUUUCAGGCGUGAAAUUUGACUUACGUAUCCAACACUGAAAAAUACUGUACAUAUAAUUGCUAUUGGUUAACUUUUAUAUUUUGAAGAUCUCUCCGGGAAAUACAAUUGCUAUUUACCUAAUAUGCUACGUCCUGUUUUAAGUACCUUGUACCAAUGUGUUUGUGUGUGUGUAUGUUUUUUUUUUUUUUUUUUUUUGAGUGAUUUGUAUUUUCGCUAUAUUCGCGAAUAUUAGAAUAAUAUUUUUACGUAUAUUAAUAGCUUCAUAUUUUUGCACUUCUGACAGUUGAAUGCGAACGACCCUGAAAAGGUAUAGGAUCACCUGCCCGACCCUUUGAUUUUCCCCGGGUACUACGGUCUUCACCCACAGAAAGACCCCACGAGCGUUUCAAUCCGUGCCAACAAUAGUGCUUUAUAUAAGUAGAAAAAAUGGUCUCGCAAUUAAUGUAAAAUAGCGAAAGUUUACUCUUUAAAUAGAUUAAUACAUAUGUGAAAAAAGGAACCAAACAGAAAUCACACAGUUUGCGGGAUCGGCACAUUCAUCAACUAAUACAAUCAGAUAUACCUUCACUUGGCGGAUAUUAGUAAUUGAAGACUUAACCCUCAAGUACGUUUCACAUCUAUAGCCUUAUAAGCGAUAAACAUUUCGAAGCGGCCAAUGUAGUAAUUUUAUGUUCAUUUUUUAAUAUUAUUGACAACUUAUAUUCAACACAGACAUAAUGCAGGGGAGAUAAAUCUCGUCUGAAAUCCUACAUCGUAAUAUCAACGAAGGGUUUUAUCGGAGAUAAAUAAUACCACAUACGAUUAGUGUUUAUAUUGUCGACAGUCCGCUAGCCAUUUGUGUUUUCAUACAAUGAUGCACUUUUGUAAUGUUCGCAUUUCAAUAACUAAAUCAUGUUUACAGUGACUUGUGAACUCUAAAUAAUACUGUUUUUAAAAUAUUGUUUGUGUAUGGUAAUUUGUAGUGAUACAAAUAUCAAUCGGCGACAAGACCUCUUUUUUCGAAGUGUAUCAAUAUAUCUCUGAUGUCAUGAUUUCAAAGGAUUUGCCUUUCAUGUCAGUUUCCCCGGAAAUAAACUAGUUUUAAACAUAUAACGAAUACUUAACACAAUCAACUCAUCGAAUUUCAACUUAAUUACUUAAGCCAACUCAACCCAAAAAGUAACUACCGAAUUCUUUCACAUUUACUUAGCUCCCUGAUUUUCUUAUAUCUUUCGCACAGACGACGUCCUUUGCAUCUGACAUUUCUCCUAAUUCUAUAUCUCUUCACUGUCCCUUUAAGCUGCCUUUAUAAUUAUGUUAUUGUAUAAUACAUUUAUUAAUAUUUCUGUCUGUGGAAGUUACAAAAUAUAUGUCACCAUGCGUAGAUUAAUGAUAUAUUUAAUAAGAAACAGAAUAAUAUAAUGAUAUAUGUCUGUAGCCCUGAGCUGUUUCCAGGUCCAGUUCCAUUCUAUUCAUCUGGACAGGCGUGUUCCUUAUAGACAAUGGAAUAAAGUUUAUAUCAAA